CACAGACCAGAACAACACCCUGCAACCACCACAAACCAUGCGGAUCUCCAUCCUGCUUCUCCUUGCUGCUGGGUUGUUACUAUUAUUGCUAUUACAAACCACUCAUGCAUUAGGAAGUGACUCCUUCCUCAAGCGCUUGGAGACGGCGCAAUGUGCGCUCCAAGUAUCGGUGGGCAGAAUUCCGGGAACGGCCAUGCCGCCCGAAUGGGCCGCGUCCGGGGCCAAAUUGGGGUUUCUCCUUGAAAUGGAAUUUUGUCCCGAACCGUGUGCCGAUUAUCAAAUAAUGACCAAGGAGCGACUGUUGGGUACACGCUCCAAAAAAGCGGUCGAAGUGUUGAACGAUCCUUCGUUCGUGUCGGCCAAAGGCACGGAACAAAUUGUAGUGCGUACACAAGGCGCUUAUGGGGUCGAACUACAGGAUCUGGCCGCCCGCCAAUACGGAGUCCGCUUUUUCCUGGACUUUCCCGAGGGUGCCAUGCGCAAUGAUGUCGAAUUGCCCGCCGAACGCAUUUAUUUUAUUUCGACGGCAUGGAUUGCCGACCAACCAAGUAUGGACCGAGCUCGGCAACGACAGGAAGAACUCACACAAAAACUACAAGACAUGGACGACGAAAUGGUGCAAAUUGAAGAACAGAGUACCGGAGUGCUGGCCAAAGCCAUGGGAUUGCGACAAUCGGCCAAAUUAUGGGAGAAACGUGACCAAUUACAAGCUCAAUUGGAGCAGUUGGAACAAACAUAUCCGUUACAGGGGCAACUACAACUGGUGGAGGGUCCCAAUGAUCUCCUAUUUGCCAAAGAAGGAGUGAUUGCCGUCAAGCGAAUGAGAGGGGCCAUGGGAACGCGGGAACAGUACCAUUGGGUUGGAACGUUUGCCUAUGAUGAGUUUUUCGAAGAUGAAGACGAUGAGCAAGUGUGAUUCGAUUCGAUGCACUGGUGUGCCAAGUCAACGUGGCAGUCGACCACCGGCACCGUCUUCUCUCCCGUCCCGUCGUGGCACAACAACACCCUUGAAAAAUAUGCCACGGAAAUCCAGAAAAUGUACGUAAUGAAUCCCUUGGACAGACAGGCAGGCAGGGCGAUGCCAC